CGACGAAGACGAAUUUGUUCCAAGUUGUCCGCUUUUAUAUUUUCGUGUAUUAUAAGACAUAAAUCCAUAGAAGGACUUUCCGAAGAAAAGAUAUGGUAGCAUUAUUCACUUGCUAUAGAUUUAACAAUCAGUACGAAAGCGAACAAAUUCGCAGUGCUUCAGAGGAAUAUGAUUUGAAACAAAAGAUCGAAUUAGAAGUGAAAAUGAAGGAAGGCUCGUCAAGGUUAUUAGCUGCUGCGCGGCAUCCUGCUCAAAGCUUGGAAGCGGCACGUGCUUUGCUCACUUCCAGCAAAAGAAUGACUGCUUACAUGGCUGAGCUACAAUAUCGUAGAAGAGACACACCCCUGAGACCGACGAGCGUUUCCGAAAGCAGGGGCAAAUUAUCCGUCUCGGAUCUUAGAUUUCCCUUGAUGUGGAGGGAUUCCGAUCAUUUUAAAAAUCGCGGUGACCACCGAAGGUUCGCCGUCUUCUGUCUAGCUUGUAUCGGCUCAGAAAUUCACGACACCAGCCUACUUUGUCCCGUCGAUAGAGAACAGACGGACAUUAGUUUUCCUGACGUUUUGUUAUUUAACAAUGUACCAACCGAAUUCGAAUUGACUCUGGAGAUCUAUAGUCACGUUCUGCAAGAAGAUCUCAGCAUCGCCAGUACUCCGAGGCGAAUCAGUAAGACUAUUCAUUCUUCGAUCUCGAAAACCGUGGGUAGAAAGUUCGCGGCAUCUUUACGAGACGAAUACGAUUCUACCAAGACUGGGCCUCAAUUCAAUUUAGUAGCUUAUGCAAAACUGACUCUGGACGACACCGACAGAAAUAUACGUACACACGACUUGGUGUUGAACAACUUUGAGAACAAAGUUCACGCUUUGCCGCUGUUUGGACACUUCUGUUGCCGUUUAGCUGUUCAACCAGAUUGUAUCGAUGAAGAGACUCGCAUAGGAUUCGUAACUAUAAACGAUCAACGUUGUUGGGCACGAUUACGAGGCUUCGAAAUCGAAACAUGGAAGUCGAAGAAGUUCGCAGAAGGAUUACACAAACCUACAUAUACAAUUGGCGUCAAUAAGGAGACACUUGUUCGACGAUCGAAAUCGACGAAUAAUCAAUUGCGAAUAUUCAAUUGCUUGGACGGUAUAAAAAAUCGCGACACCAUUGAAUUGAAUUCAAAAGAAGACUUUGAAAGAUUGUUCGAGCAAUUGGUAACGCGCAUCGAUGAACACUCCAAGUGGAAACACGCGGCAGAGAAUGUCCAGCGGAUUCCUUGUUCCGAGAUUUCGAGUGGAAACUCAAGCACGAGAAAUUCUUUUGUCGGUAACAGCCGACAAGGCUCUCUCUAUGACGAGACACCAUUAAUAGAAUCGGUUUUUCCAAAUUCUGUGUCGAGGAUAUCUAAGACGAAAGAAGCAUGCAAACUUAUCUCCGAGUAUCGUGAUUCUCCCGGUAAGGCUUCAACGACUGUACGAUCUCGACCUUCGAUUAUAGAGUUCAACUCUUACUGGCAGUUUCCUGAUACGAUUCAUCAUAGAUGAAUAUU